GAGGAAACAGUUGCAUCCUGGCAGAUGAGAUGGGUCUGGGCAAAACCAUCCAGACUAUCAGCUUCCUCAAUUACUUGUUCCAUGAGCACCAGCUUUACGGGCCGUUCCUUCUGGUGGUGCCUCUGUCUACCCUCACAUCCUGGCAGAGGGAGAUCCAGCUCUGGGCUCCUCAGAUAAAUGUUGUGGUGUACCUGGGAGACAUCAGCAGCAGAAACGUGAUCCGGACACAUGAAUGGAUGCAUCCGCAGACCAAGCGACUGAAGUUCAAUGUUCUGCUUACUACAUAUGAAAUUCUGCUGAAGGAUAAG